UUUACUUGUGAGCAAACGGCAGGGUUUUUGAGCGCAAAGUUAUGGACCUUUUGGAAUUCCCCCCCACAGUUGUUUGUUGCUGGCUUGAUAGUACUGCUGCUUGAUGAGCUUCUGCAGAAAGGUUAUGGCUUGGGAUCCGGCAUUUCUCUCUUCAUUGCCACCAACAUCUGUGAAACCAUUGUCUGGAAGGCCUUUAGCCCUACUACCAUUAACACUGGCAGAGGUACAGAAUUUGAGGGUGCUGUCAUUGCCUUGUUCCACCUCUUGGCGACACGAACCGACAAAGUCCGUGCUCUGCGGGAGGCGUUUUACCGCCAGAAUUUGCCAAAUCUCAUGAAUCUGAUUGCAACAGUGUUUGUGUUUGCUGUGGUCAUAUACUUUCAGGGAUUUCGAGUCGAUCUCCCAAUCAAGUCUGCUCGCUACCGUGGGCAAUACAGCAGCUACCCCAUCAAGCUCUUUUAUACCUCCAACAUCCCCAUCAUUCUUCAGUCCGCCUUAGUUUCCAACCUCUAUGUUAUUUCCCAGAUGUUGUCUGUGCGGUUUAGUGGCAACUUCUUGGUAAAUUUACUUGGGCAAUGGGCAGACGUUAGUGGUGGUGGCCCAGCACGCUCCUAUCCUGUUGGAGGUCUCUGCUAUUACCUCUCCCCUCCAGAAUCCAUGGGGGCUAUCUUUGAGGAUCCGGUCCAUGUGAUUGUGUAUAUUAUAUUUAUGUUGGGCUCUUGUGCCUUUUUCUCGAAGACGUGGAUUGAAGUGUCUGGAUCAUCUGCAAAAGAUGUUGCCAAGCAACUGAAAGAGCAGCAAAUGGUAAUGAGAGGCCACAGAGAUACAUCCAUGGUUCAUGAAUUAAAUCGGUACAUCCCUACUGCAGCUGCCUUCGGAGGGUUGUGUAUCGGGGCGCUCUCGGUCUUGGCUGAUUUCCUUGGCGCCAUCGGCUCCGGCACUGGAAUUUUGCUUGCGGUCACCAUUAUUUAUCAGUACUUUGAGAUCUUUGUCAAAGAACAGGCAGAAGUUGGAGGCGUAGGUGCUUUAUUUUUCUAAACAUGCCAAUAUCAAGUGGCUUGUGAGGAAGGGAAUUGUCCUUUGACAACCUUUGAAUCCAAUAAUGCCAUUUUUUUUCCUUUUGAACAUUUUCAAACAUUUUCUCAUAACGGGCUUGUGUGCAGCUUCAGAACCAGCUGCCUUAACAAUCAAAGUUUACAUUGUCUUGGUUAAAAUCCAAAAGUCUCUCUCGUGUUGCCUGUAGCGUUGGAAAAUGCAUCUCCUCUCCUCUCCAACACUAGAGUGAAGAUGGCUGGAUGGGUGCCCAUUUUGUUACUAGUGAACACUUUGCACACUCGGGGGAAUUAAAGGUGUCUCCACCCGUUGUACGUCUGACACCCGUUGCAAAGAGUUCUGUGUUGCUCCAAAUGAGAACCCUUAGGCUUAUUUAAAAAGUAUGUCACUUUGUUUCCUUGAAAUCUAUAUUUUACAUGAAUUACUUUUAUACGCUCAAAGAAAAAAACACUCUCCCUUGCACCUUAACACCCUGUUUGGAGUAUACAUCUCAGCCCCCAGACUCUGAAAUUAAGCCAGUGGUGGAAGAGCAUUUCAACUGCCUCAUUUGCCAGUUUGGAUCCAUGGAAACUUAAGGGGCAGCAGACCUGGUGAAGCCGAUCCAGAUUUCUGCCAGCCCGUCAGGCACCAUCAUGCUGUGGGCCCCAGGGUGUCUUUCAGCCUGCAGUUCUUUCAGGAUGGGGGAACAGGGAAGAGACCACGAGCGGCUUGAAACUUCACCCUCAUGUCCUUUCUUUCCAAAGUAGACAAAAAAACACAGCCAAGCAAAGAGGUUGUUCUUAAAGGGGUAUGGCUUGUGUUGAGAAGAAACAAAGCCCUUAUCUUGUCGUGCUUCUUUGCGGCAACGUAGCCAGUGUAAACAUUAGACAUUAAAGUUAUUUAAUUAAAACC